CAUGUCCUUUAGAGCUACUGUGCACGCCCUCACUUGUUUUCUACAGGGUCCUUGCUGAGGUGGAAGGCAUUCUAGAACCUGUAGGCUUGCAGGAAGAAACAGAGCUGCCAGCCCGGAUCAUGGAGGAAUUCGUGAGGAACUCCCGGAAGAAAGACAAGCUGCUUUGCAGCCAGCUUCAGGUAGUGAACUUCCUACAGAAUUUUCUGGCUCAGGAAGAUACCGCCCAGAGCCCAGACGAUUUGCUUUCUGAGGACACAAGUCGCCAGAAGGCUACUGAAGCUAAAGAGCAAUGGAAGGAGCUGAAGGCCGUGUACCAAGAUCACGUGGAAGCCAUAAAAUGUGCCCUGACCCAGGCCUUACCCCAGGCAGAAGAGGCCCAAAGGAAGUACACAGAGCUUCAGGAGGCCUACAAGCAACUCCAGGCUAAGAAGCAAGUGCUUGAGGAAAAACUGGAAACAGCUCAGAAGCAGUGGCAGCAGCACCAGAAGCGUAUCCAGAGGCUGGCAGAGAUUACUGCAGAGGCGAAGGAACGUCAGGCCGGAACUCAGCAGAAGCUUGACCAAUCGAAUCAGGAACUUGAAACCUUGAAGCAGCAAGAGGGACAGGAAGAAGACAAGCUGGGCAGGAACCAGACCUACCUCCAGCUGCUGUGUACCCUGCAGAACAAGCCGCAGGGCCCGGAGGCCAAGCCCGAGGACAAAGACGUCAAGGGAAGUGCCCUUCCACCUGAAUCUCUGUGAGGAACAAAGAGAAGUACUAGCUUGGCAUCGAACAUCGUAUCCACUGAGAAUAAGAAGUCAUGUGAUAAUGCUGUGCCUUGAGAAGUGAGAUGGUGUAAUGAUAUCUUCGAGAGCUAAGAAGUCUGGAUUGAAGGAAGUCUAGUUAAGACUGACGGUUGCGAAGCCAAUUAGCAGAUCUUCAGGACGGGCAUAAUGAAAUGCAGCAAAAGAAGAACUUUCAACAAGACCCAGCGACCUGGAUGGCGACCCACUCCAUGGAGAUGGGCUUUCUGCGAGACCUUAUAUUAUUGGAUACAUUUAUAGAAGUGUAAUCUUUCAUUAAAUCGCUCAUUAUUCUA